AUGACACUUAAGAUUGCAAAGAAUUGCGAGCAAGGACUUCUGGAGUUCCGAGGCGACACAUGGCAAGAAAGCACGAUGGCCACAUCAGCACCAUUGUUUGAAGGUGUUGAUGAGGAGUUCGAGCAUAUUGAGAAUGAGCCGAAAGUUUCAAAGCAACAACUAUGGCAUGAGCAUCUUGGGCACCCAGGAAGAGAUAAAGCUAAGGCGAUCACAAGCAAGUUAAAGGAUAAGCAUACCAUGAAAUUGGAUCCAAACACUGCUCUGACAUGUGAGCAGUGCAUACGAUCCAAGAGCACAAGCGCUCAGAUGGGGAAAGGUAGCAGCGAAAGAGCCGUAGGGCCCCUGGAUCUUAUCCACGUCGAUCUAAUAAUAGACUCAUCCCACGUGAUGGAGUACACAUGCACGUUGGUGCUGGUCGAUGAUCAUAGCAAUCAUGCCUUUAUGCAACUUAAAAGGAUUAUUUCGUUCCUGGAGACACAGACGGAUCGGAAGCUAAAAGCGAUCCGAUCCGAUCAAGGAACGGAAUGGAAAAGCAAUGAUGCAUUAGAAUGGUCGUUAGAAAAGGGCAUAGAGUGGCAAACCACUGUAGGGUACAACAGCAAACAAAAUGGAUGGGUAGAAAGAAUGAACAGGACCCUUGGAGAGAAGAUGAGAACGUUGCUAAUGCAGAGGAGACUACCAAAGAAGUUCUGGCCAUAUGCAAUCAGAGCUGCAGCAUUCAAAAUAAACCUCACUCCGAGCAUUGAUAAUGAAUUCCCUUAUCAAGCGAUGUUUGGCAAGUCGCCGGAACGAGCUUUAAAGCUCCUACGAGUGUUUGGUUGUCUGGCAUGGGUAAACGUACCCAAAGUUAAACGGGACAACAAGAAACUGGACCAGCGAGCCGUCGCAUCCAUUUUCUUAGGGUACAGUCUAGAGAGGAAGGGCUGGCUCUUCUACAGCCCGGACUACAAUCCGAACAUCUUCUGGAGCAACUCAGCAAAAUUCAUGGAAUCAAAGUGCUGGUCAGACAGAACAGAGUGGUGA